AUGAGGUUCAUAGCUCAUCAUUUCUUCAACUAUUUUUGCCGGACGAGUGUUUUUGUCUUUUUGUAUUUGGUUAUUGGAUAUCAACUUAGAAUUUCAAUAUAUUAACUUAAUGAAGUACUUGACUAUAUAUUAUAUUUGACCAAUGUAGGUCAGUUAAACGGUACGGAGACCUCGGCGAUCGUUUGGUGAGGUCUGUUUAUUGAAAAUGGCAGCCUUUUUUUUUUUUUUACGUUUUCUUGUUAUUUCCCUUUGACUGUGCUACUAUGUUGGAUCACAUAUAAAUGAAUAGUUAGCUACACCAUAAUGUUUCAUCCUAACUAGAUACAAUGUAGCAAGACAAUCUACAUAAACGUCCAGUGUCCAUCUAAACUGUAACGGUUAGCGAACUGUUCCAUCAUAGGCUGGUGAUUGAUGGUGGUGGUGGCUCUGACCAAAACAUUACAGUACCAGGCAUUCAUCACUGCCAACCAAUCGUGGAGAAAUGGUCUUGAUGUAUAGUGCCGGUCAGUGAUUGUUUUUGAUGUUUCCCCGUUGAUGUGCCAUGUAGAAAACAGUGAUACCCCUUUACAUUUUUGCAAAUGAAAAUGGAGAAUAUGUCUCUGUCAGGCCUGGACAACACCAAGCUAGAGGCCUUGGCUCAGGACAUUUACUCUGACCUAGUGGAGGAUGCCUGUUUGGGCCUGUGUUUUGAAGUGCAUCGUGCUGUCAAACAAGGUUACUUCUUCCUUGAUGACACAGAUCAAGAGAGCAUGAAAGACUUUGAAAUUGUGGACCAACCAGGAGUGGACAUUUUUGGGCAAGUGUACAAUCAGUGGAAGAACAAGGAGUGUGUAUGUCCCAACUGCAACCGGAGCAUUGCUGCCUCUCGCUUUGCUCCUCAUCUAGAGAAAUGCCUUGGCAUGGGGCGCAACAGCAGUCGAAUUGCUAACCGCAGAAUAGCCAGCAGUAACAACACCAACAACAAAUCAGAAAGCGACCAGGAAGACAAUGAUGACGUCAAUGACAAUGACUGGUCUUAUGGCUCAGAAAAAAAAGCUAAGAAGAGGAAGUCAGAUAAGAAUCCAAAUUCACCCAGGAGAUCAAAAUCUCUAAAGCAUAAAAAUGGGGAACUUAGUAGUAGUGUCAAUACAGACCCAUACAAGUACAACUAUAAUACUGGCAUCAAUUAUGAAACGUUAGGCCCUGACGAAUUGAGGUCUCUCUUGACAACACAAUGUGGAGUGAUCUCUGAGCACACCAAGAAGAUGUGCACCAGGUCCCAGCGGUGCCCCCAGCACACGGACCAACAGAGGAGGGCUGUCAGGGUGUUCCUCCUGGGGCUGUCCGCGACAUCCCUGCCCGACUCGAACACGGCGGUGGAGAGUGAUGGCUAUGACGCCUCUGACGGACAGGUCCUCAUGAGCCGCCUGCAGUGGGAUGGAUCCUCGGACAUCUCCCCCUCCGAUUCAGCCUCCUCCAAAGCCAGCACUAACAAUUCAGACUCCAAGAAGCCGAAGAAGAAGAAGAAGACGUCUCUAAACAGCACAGGUGGAGGCGGUGGCGGGAGUGGGAGUGUCGGGGGCAGCAGCUCACAGGGUUGCCUAGCAGGCCAAGCCAACAGAAAGAAACCCAAGCUUCCAGUUCCCCCUGCCCCCAGUAUCUAUGACAACCUCAACUAAAGGAUUCCCAGCUGGCCCUCCCACCGGUCUUAGAGCUGCCUCUCCACUCCACCAUACCCAGGAAGGUGACUGUUGGGUGACACAUAGACUAUGGACCCAUUCAGCUCCCCCAACCUGUUAAGUCAUGGUCACAAACAGAAUUACAAAGACCCCUCUCCUCCUUGGAAAUAAAAUGAUAACCCAUUAACUGGAAAAAGCAACCCUUAAUUUGAUCACCAUUUGCAUUUCUUUGUUGUUGAAGACAAUUUGCAAUUCCAGUAAAGAAACAUUAGGGUCAUUGGUUGUUUACCUAUUCUGUUUUUGUAAACCAGUGAUUUUGACUUCAGACAUGGGACCAAUCACUCUUUGCUUUUUUGUGCACUGAUGUGUUUUCUCCUGCAGAAAACAUUGAUUUUUUCCGUUUAAUUUCUGUCUUGUUUUUGUACGGUGUGAGUGAAAAUGUCUGGGUUUAGGAGGGGACUAGUGGACUCAAAAAAUGAUUAUAAUAGGAUCACCUUCAUCCUGGAACGUAGAUUUUCUAGUUGGAGGAUGUCAGUACCAUCUUGUGGUUUCAGCAAUAUCUGGGUACCUAAUGGUGGUGUUAUCAGUAAUAGCAUUGUAUUGCACAGUGGUGUAUUUGUGCGUGUAUGAAUGGGUGUUGUGUAAAAUUUACUGUUUUACAUCUUGUGGGCCUGUGUGUGAUUUAAUUUCUAUUGAAAUAACUAUGCAUCUUUAAAUGUGCCAUUGUGAUUGAGUCAGUGUACGUCAUUUUGAAUAUUUAACUUUUUUGGUUUACAUUGACUGCCAAUUUGUUUUUAAUUAAGUGUUCUUAGAAAAGUAUCAAUGCAGAUGCUGACAUGUAUCAUUGAGUGAGCCAUUCUGUUUUUGUAUAUCUAUACAUGUGAUAUGGCCUGUGUGAAAUAAUCAUGAUUUAAUUGGAUACUGUAUACAUACUGAUUGAUCUCAGUGCUAAACCGUGCUUUUAGCCAGUCAGUCUCUAGUGUAAUAUUUUCAGUGUGAAGUCUCUCCAAGGUGCUUUUAUCAGAGCACACUUGUCACUGCUUAUUGAAUAAUGCUUUAGUAUAUUGAACCUGCUUUUUGCUCAAUAAUACCUGGUCAUUCUGCACCACUUAGGUCACAGCAGAGAGAAACGAAGCAUGUGCAUGACUUACUUUCAAAGUCUUCAACUGUUUCUGCUUACUUGCAGUGUGUAUGUGCUUCUAAGUUUCAAAUCUGCCAUCACCUGCAACAGAAGUAGCAUUGCUGUUGUAUGGGAUGGUUCAGCCACUGCUAUUCUUGGUUUUACUCUAGCUAAUGGGUUAAGUUAUAUAUAUAUAUAUAUAUAUAUAUUUAUAGUUAUUCAUUCCUGGCCCAACAGACUGUACUAGGAAGGGAGCAUCUUGUAUACCCUUUGUGUUCAUGUAUACCAUCCAGGCAGGGGAUAACAAAGUAUGACAUCACUGAAUGUUCACUAAUAGAGGAUCAUCAUGGUAAUCAACCUUCUCAAGUAAAAACCCCACCUACUUUGGGUGUGACUCAUUUGAUUUGGCACUUUUUACUGACAGGGUAAAGAACAGCCUGAAUUUUGUUAAUGCUGCAUAACUGUAUAUUUGUGUAAGUGUGCAUCAGUGUCUCAACAUUUGAUUGUGCACAAAUGAUGCAAUAGAAGUGACUUUUCAAAAAUAAACUAUUUUUUUAUACUCAAGCACGUGUGUGUGCAUGUGCAAAGAAAAUGUCAGUUGUAUAUGAUAAUGUGAUGCACAGCUAGUUUUUCUUUAUAUCCCAGUUUCUCAGUGUAUUGAGGCUUCCUUAAGUCUGAAUAAAAUCGAGUGUCAUUCA